AUGGAGUCCAACAUGGACACUCUAAUCAUGCACAAACCGAGCGAAGACGAGAUCGAGUGUUGGGAUGACGAUGAAGACCUGCAGUGCGGUGAUGGCAUACAGCUACGCACCGUCUCUGCUACCACGUCGGUCACCGGAUCCUCCUCCGUUCGACCCUCGGGCCACCGCGACUCGAUCUCGUCUCGACGUUCUUGGAGGUCGGAUCGUGACUCCAACGUCGGCGACGAUGAAAGCUGGCAACUCCUGCUUAACCCAAGCGACGACUCACCAAGCCAGGACGCGAUUGCCUCGGCAAAAAACGCGGGAAUUCCAAUUCCAUCCGGUGUUCCAAAUUCUGCACUACUUGGGGGUUCAAUAAAGAGGCUGGGUGGCCGGAAACAGAGGGCUAUCGUGGGUGACGACUGGUUAGAAGACCUAGACCUUUCGGCUUUUGACGCAGGGCCCAAGGUCAAGCUGGAUCACGAAACUACGGCCCCGGAUUCAUUGCUUCAUUUUAGCACCUUGCCUGCCCCCAAUUUUGGUAGACAGGCAGACAAUCAUUCCUUUGUCCUCCAUGACCUAGUCAAAUUCCGCGAUACGGAGGAGGAUAUGUUAUUUGGCGAUGUGUCUUCAAUAAAGAUCACAAAGACCCGUUCCAGUCAGGAAGUAAACCUGCCAUCAGGGCUGGAAUCCUGCACAAAAGAUGAAGACUUUGAGUCGGAACUGGUCUUGCCAGACGACGAUACACCGCUUCGCCUCUCUAAACGUCGUGACAUUCCAAUUACAUCCGAUUUCCUCGCAGAUGACUUUGACACCGAGUGGGCAGAAGGCAGCAUCGGCGUACGUUUUGGAGGUACUCGAAGGGAUGGUCGGUCCAACCGCAGCUCGUCCGUAGGAGCUCUCAGUCCAAGCAUGUCGAGCUGCCUGACCAUCGAAAGCGAAGAUGAUGGCAUCGACGGGCUAAUCCUUCCCGACGGCCCUCUAGACCUGGAGAAGUCGCUCCAAAACAGACAUAGGCCGCAUUCACCGCAGCCCAGCGUUCCUGAAAUCCCUACUGAACAGCAAAAUACCCCUGGUGACAAAGGUGCUACCCACAGCGAACAGACGAACGAUGACUUUUUCUCAGGCAUCGAGAUAGGAGAUGGCGAAGCAUUCGACUCUGGAAAACUGACCCUUAACCGAAACGUGAAACGAAGGAUUGAACCACCAUCAACUCCUCCCAGACGUGGAGCAACGAGCAUCACAUUUACCAACAAAGCUCCAGCGGCGGGCACGCGGAUACCACGACUCUCUGCCCAUGAGCGGCCGCACUCUACAUAUCUUGAACCCGUUUCCGAGAGCGGAGCGCCUGUCCCUCAACCUCCAAGGCGCCCUCACUCUCGUCUUAGUGGACACGGCGCUCAUUCCUCCCUAACAAACAUUCCACUUCCAAGCUCCCUGGCUGCUAGCCUCUCACCACCCAGUCGAAGGGUUCUGGGAACCAGGCCUUCCAAAGAAGUACUCCGAGGCGAUCUGAUGAACACCAACACGCAGAUACUCAAGUCUAAACGUGCAACGCCAGUUAUCCGACCUUCAUCAGGAGGCUCAACCGGUACCCAGACCCAAAGUUCCCCGUCAAGGCAGGAUGGCAAUAGCAAACCUGUAGCCACAUCUCGUCCCAAAACACCAGUUGACCGCCAUGGAACCGAGAACCGUCUUCACUCACAGCGCCGUCCCCAGGUCCCUUUCCUUCCAGCUGGCGUUUCUCCAAGCAAAUCUCAUCAUGUCAGCGUCAAAUCUAGUCGACACUUUCGUCGAACUGACUCCGAAAGCUCCGGAGAUAUGCUCAUGAACCCAAGAUCAGCAUCUAGACCUUCAAAACGGACGCGCUACGAUAGUUCCGGUCGGCCUAUCAACUAUUCAGGUGAUACUGUUAUGGCCACAGUAAAGCAAACCAUCACGAAACCCACUCGCCGCAAGAACUUUGGUGAUGGCACCGAACUUGAUAUAUUCAAUGACCUGCCAACCUCAGCGUCCCUGGAGAGCAGAUUCAUGAAAGCUCCCAUCAAACGUGGUGCUCCUCGUUCUCUUCGUAGCAAAUUAAGUCAAUCGCACAUUACUGCUCCCAGAACGGAUACCCCUACCCCAGCAACGGGACCAACGAGCCCGCCAGCGCAAGAUUCCACGCCUAGGUUUGCACGCGACACAAAUGCGUCAAGGAACGCACGAGAGCAGCGCAUAACGUCAAUGGGCAGCAAUCUCCAAGGGGGUCCACUGGCUUCGCUGAGUCUAAACUGGAAAACACAGCCUAUCGGUCGCGCUCUGCCUAAUGUCAAGGGCAUGCAGUAUAAUCCCGCGCUUUACAAGUGGGAGGGCAAUGAAAACGCUACAGCUGGCUUCGAGAUGCCGUCAACGCCGGCUCCCCUGAAGCCAUCUCCUGCCCUCAUCUCCAAUGUAGGAGGUAUUUCAGGCUCUCAGGUUGUAGGUGGAAUGGUGUUUGAUCCCCAACGAAUGUGCUGGCUUAAAGCAGCCAACUCGCGCCCAGGAAGCAAGUCUGGCCCUCCCCUUUCCGUCGACGAGGAGGAGGAUGUCUUCGCAGGCCUUGACGACCUCGAAGACCACCCACGAAAGUCGACCGUAGCAGCUUCCAGCAACCCGUCCUCUCCCAGCUGUGCUGAAGCUGAUGCCAUGAAUCUGGAUGAUAAAAGCGGAGGUGAAUCAUCAGAUGAAUGGGCCAUUACAGAAGAAUUUGAUGUUGGACCCGAGUUUAUCAGACGCCAGCGUGCCGAGGAAGAGAAAUGGAGAAGAAAAGUCGGCAAAUGGAUAAGUGAAGAUCGAGCGAAACUGGGUGACGAAUGGCGCUGGGCUAUUCGAAACCUUGUCGGCCAAGGGCGCGCUGUCUGA